AUGGUCAUGCAGAAGAAAGGGGACUAUGAGGCUGCGUUGGAAAAACUUGAAGUGUCUCUUGCCAUUCGAGAGUCCAAACUGGGCAAGCAUCGUAGUGAUACAGCAAGUUCCUUGAACAACAUUGGCCUUGUGCUGCAAAAGACAGGAAACUAUGGUCGUGCCUUGGAAUAUCAUCGAAAGUGCAUUGCAAAUCACGAAACUGUGUUUGGUUUAGCACAUCCGCACACGGCAACUGCUUACUUCAACAUUGGGUCUGCGUACCACAAGCAAGGAAACCUGGAUGAAGCGCUCCUGUAUUAUCAGAGGUGUUUGAUUGUCAGAAAGGCUGUCUUUGGCAACCUUCACCCUGAAACAAUAACACAUGCUGCAACAACAUUGCUGGUGCUCUAGCAGGCAAAGGAGAGUAUGACAAUCCUUUGGCAGAGUUUCAGAAAUGCCUUUCAUACUGGGAGUAGAAACCACCCGUACACAAAAGGAGUGCUUUGCAACAUGGAGAAGGUCAAGGCCAGAAUCAAAAGGCAUCAAGCAAUGCAGGAUGAUUCAAAAGCGGA